AUGAGUCGCCGAAUAGGCUAUUUACAAAGAUCUUCGAUACCGUUCACAGUUGCAGUCACAGCAUGCACCGGCGAACUAAGCGAUCUGGCACAUUUGGAAAGGGUUUUGAUGACUGUGUUCGGAAUCGGUGCCAGAUCUGAAUCGAACUUUGAAGAUGUUCGUGAGACUGCACAACAUCAUCACCCUAUCACUUGA